CCACCAUCAUUCUGUUGCUAGCAACACAUCCCCUGACUUGGGUUUCUGUUUUUCAUCCAAUUCAGAAGAACAGGGAUUCAAGAUUCAGCAGAAACCCUGGUUGGGGUUAAGGUUUUGGAGUUUUGAGGGAGAUCAAGAUGAUGCAAUCUGGGGUUCCUAUAUGCAACACUUGUGGUGAACAAGUAGGUUUGAAUUCAAAUGGAGAAGUGUUUGUGGCUUGUCAUGAGUGCAGUUUCCCCAUCUGCAAGUCUUGUUUCGAUGCUGAUAUCAAAGAAGGGCGUACUGCCUGCUUGCGGUGUCACGCUCCGUAUGAUGAGAACUCAGCAAUGGCUAAUGAUGAAACAGAGCCAUCUGGCAAUCGAUCCACAAUGGCUGCUCACCUCACUAAUAUGCAGGUGCAGGAUGUUGGACUCCAUGCUAGAAAUAUAAGUAGUGUAUCCACUCUCGACAGUGAAAUGAACGAUGAAUCUGGAAACCCGAUAUGGAAGAAUAGGGUGGAAAGUUGGAAGGAUAAGAAGAACAAGAAGAAAAAAGUUGCAAGCAAAGCUGUCAAAGAAGCUCAAGUUCCACCUGCACAGGAGAUGGAAGAAAAGCAGCAGUUAGGAGAUGCUGACCAGACACUUUCGAGAGUAAUUCCAAUCCCAAAGAGCCAACUGUCGCCAUACAGAACUGUGAUUAUCAUGCGAUUGAUCAUUCUGGGCCUUUUCUUUCAUUAUAGAGUGACAAAUCCCGUUGAUAGUGCUUUUGGUUUGUGGAUCACUUCUGUCAUUUGUGAGAUCUGGUUUGCUGUUUCCUGGGUAUUGGAUCAAUUCCCUAAGUGGUCUCCCAUUAAUAGGGAGACAUAUAUUGACAGGCUUUCAGCAAGGUUUGAAAGAGAGGGUGAACCCUCGGAGCUGGCUCCUGUGGAUUUCUUUGUCAGUACUGUUGACCCUUUGAAAGAACCGCCAUUGAUUACUGCCAACACUGUGCUUUCAAUCCUUGCUGUGGACUACCCUGUUGAGAAAGUCUCCUGCUAUGUGUCUGAUGAUGGUGCGGCCAUGCUCACAUUUGAGUCUCUCGUUGAAACAUCUGAAUUUGCAAGGAAGUGGGUUCCAUUCUGCAAGAAAUAUGCAAUUGAACCACGUGCACCAGAGUUUUACUUCUCACAGAAGAUUGAUUACUUGAAGGAUAAGGUGCAACCCUCUUUUGUGAAGGAACGUAGAGCAAUGAAAAGGGAUUAUGAAGAGUACAAAGUGCGGAUAAAUGCUUUGGUUGCCAAGGCUCAGAAAACACCUGAGGACGGCUGGACCAUGCAAGAUGGAACACCUUGGCCAGGAAACAACACACGAGACCACCCUGGCAUGAUUCAGGUUUUCCUCGGACAUAGUGGUGCCCAUGACUUGGAAGGAAAUGAACUCCCUCGACUGGUUUAUGUCUCAAGAGAGAAGAGACCUGGCUACCAACAUCAUAAAAAGGCUGGUGCCGAAAAUGCUCUGGUAAGGGUGUCUGCAGUUCUCACAAAUGCACCGUUCAUCCUCAAUCUUGAUUGUGAUCACUAUGUUAACAAUAGCCAGGCAAUUCGUGAGGCUAUGUGUUUCUUGAUGGAUCCACAAGUUGGUCGGGAUGUAUGCUACGUGCAGUUCCCUCAGAGGUUCGAUGGCAUUGAUCGCCAUGACAGAUACGCAAAUCGCAAUACCGUCUUCUUUGAUGUUAACAUGAAAGGUUUAGAUGGCAUUCAAGGACCAGUUUAUGUGGGGACAGGUUGUGUUUUCAAUAGGCAAGCACUUUACGGGUAUGGACCUGCUUCUAUGCCCAGCAUACCCAAGGCCUCUUCUUCAUCUUGCUCAUGGUGCGGAAGCUGCUGUUGUUGCUGCCGAUCCAAGAAGCCCGCAAAAGAUGUCACAGAGAUUUAUCGAGAUUCAAAAAGGGAUGAUCUAAAUGCAGCCAUUUUUAACCUGAACGAGAUUGACAAUUAUGAUGAGUAUGAAAGGUCACUACUCAUCUCCCAGUUGAGCUUUGAGAAGACUUUUGGCAUGUCAUCUGUAUUUAUUGAGUCAACACUAAUGGAGAAUGGAGGAGUGACUGAAUCUACCAACCCAUCAUUACUGAUCAAGGAAGCAAUUCAUGUCAUUAGCUGUGGGUAUGAAGAGAAGACUGCAUGGGGAAAGGAGAUUGGCUGGAUAUAUGGGUCAGUGACUGAGGAUAUCUUGACGGGUUUCAAGAUGCACUGCCGAGGAUGGAGGUCUAUUUACUGCAUGCCCUUGAGACCUGCAUUCAAAGGUUCUGCACCUAUCAACUUGUCUGAUCGGCUGCACCAAGUUCUCCGUUGGGCACUUGGAUCGGUUGAGAUUUUCCUGAGCAGACAUUGUCCACUUUGGUAUGGAUUCGGAGGAGGCCGCCUUAAAUGGCUUCAAAGACUUGCAUAUAUUAACACCAUUGUUUAUCCAUUUACAUCGCUCCCUCUUGUUGCGUACUGCACACUCCCUGCUAUAUGCCUUAUCACUGGAAAAUUCAUCAUACCAACGCUCUCAAACAUAGCGAGCAUAUGGUUUCUUGGCCUCUUCAUGUCCAUCAUCUUGACCAGCGUGCUCGAGCUACGGUGGAGCGGUGUCAGCAUCGAAGAUUGGUGGCGUAAUGAGCAGUUUUGGGUGAUCGGAGGUGUUUCAGCCCAUCUCUUUGCCGUCUUCCAAGGAUUUCUAAAAAUGACCGCUGGCCUCGAUACCAACUUCACUGUCACUGCAAAAGCCUCCGAUGAUGCAGAGUUUGGCGAGCUCUACGCUAUCAAGUGGACAACAGUUUUGAUCCCUCCAACAACCCUUAUCAUUCUCAACUUGGUUGGUGUGGUUGCUGGUUUCUCAGACGCACUGAACAAAGGGUACGAAGCGUGGGGGCCACUCUUCGGCAAGGUGUUCUUCGCCUUUUGGGUGAUCCUCCAUCUCUACCCAUUCCUCAAGGGUCUAAUGGGUCGUCAGAACCGGACUCCAACGGUUGUCGUGCUCUGGUCAGUGUUAUUGGCCUCUGUCUUCUCUCUCGUUUGGGUCAAGAUAAAUCCAUUUGUGAGCAAAGAUGAUGGUAACAUGGUGCAAGGUUGCAUUUCCAUUGAUUGUUGAGUUACCAAAAAGUAAAUUUGCCAGCAUUUCGGUGUCAGGAUCAGCUCAAUUAAGAACUUCUUUAUAUGGCAAUUUUUACUCAUCUUUCUUUGAAUUUUGAAGAUGUCAUGUUAGAUAUCAAAGUCUGUUGAUUUUGUUGUUUGGCUUGAGAGAAAGAUCAAGAGAAACUCAUAUAGCUAUGUAAAAAUUUGAGAGAAAUGAUGUUUUACCUCUCUUGAUUUUGGAUGAAUGAAUGGUUGUCUCCAAUUUUUUCU